CUACUCUUUCCGUCGGGGCUCCGUGUGGUCCGUCCGCUCACUGGCGAGUGCUGAAGAUGAAGAAAACACAGCAGAACACACUCCUACCCACCACAUGCUGCAGCCACCUCAGGCUGUCUUCCCAGCAUGCAUCUGUGCUGCCGUUCUCCCAAUAGUCCACCUCAUGGAGGACGGGGAGGUUCGAGAGGACGGAGUGGCCGUGAGCGCUGUGGCUCAGCAAAUCCUCUGGAACUGUCUGAUCGAGGAUCCGGCCCUGGUUCUCCGCCACUUCCUGGAAAAACUAACAGUGAGCAACAGACAGGACGAGCUGAUGUACAUGCUGAGGAAGCUCCUGCUCAACAUCGGAGAUCUGCCGGCUCAGACGUCUCACAUCCUCUUCAACUACCUGGUGGGACUCAUCAUGUACUUUGUGCGGACUCCCUGCGAGUGGGGUAUGGACGCAAUCUCUGCCACGCUGACCUUCCUGUGGGAGGUGGUCGGCUACGUAGAGGGGCUCUUCUUCAAGGACCUGAAGCAGACCAUGAAGAAGGAGCAGUGCGAGGUCAAACUGUUGGUCACUGCUUCCAUGCCAGGAACCAAAACCCUGGUGGUGCACGGACAGAACGAGUGUGACAUCCCAACACAGCUCCCAGUGCACGAGGACACUCAGUUCGAAGCUCUGCUGAAGGAGUGUCUUGAAUUUUUCAACAUUCCCGAGGCAAGAUCAGCGCAUUACUUCCUCAUGGACAAACGAUGGAACCUCAUACAUUACUCCAAGACAUAUGUCAGGGACAUCUACCCGUUCCGGAGGUCGGUCUCUCCACAGCUCAACCUGGUCCACAUGCUGCCUGAGAAAGGACAAGAGCUCAUCCAGAAACAGGUGUUUUCCCGUAAACUGGAGGAGGUUGGCCGGGUCCUCUUCCUAAUCUCCCUCACUCAACACAUGCCGGCCGUGCACAAACAAUCCCACGUCUCCCUGCUGCAGGAAGACCUCCUCCGUCUGCCCUCCUUCCCACGAACGGCCAUCGACGCAGAGUUCUCAUUGUUCAACGAGCAACAAGGUAAGGAGCUGUUUGGUUUGGACACCCUCCACAAGGUGCUGUGGAUCAAGCUGCUGGAGGAAAUGUUUCUGGGGAUGCCCAGCGAGUACCCGUGGGGGGACGAGAUGAUGCUGUUCCUCAACGUCUUCAACGGGGCUCUGCUGCUGCACCCGGAGGACAGCUCCCUCCUCAGGCAGUACACAGCUACUGCCAUCAACACCGCCGUGCACUUCAACCAUCUCUUCUCUCUGAGCGGUUACCAGUGGAUCCUGCCGACCAUGCUGCAGGUCUAUGCUGACUAUGAGAGCGACCCUUUACUGAGGCAGGGCAUCGAGUUCUGCUGCCGACAGUUUUACAUCCUGCACCGCAAACCCUUCGUCCUGCAGCUGUUUGCAAGCGUCGCUCCGCUGCUGGAAUUCACAACCAGCACCAGCACUGGUCUGUCUAAAGGAGUCUCAGCCCAGUGUCUGUUCGACCUGUUGGUGUCUCUGGAGGGUGAGACGCCGGACGCCCUGGACGCUCUGGAGCUGGUGAAGGCAGAGAAACCUCUGCGCUCUCUGGAUUUCUGUUAUGGUAACGAGGACUUGGCCUUUUCUAUCAGCGAGGCCAUCAAGCUGUGUGUGACUGUGGUCGCCUACGCCCCUGAAUCCUUCCGGAGUCUCCAGAUGCUGAUGGUGCUGGAGGCCUUGGUUCCCUGUCACCUCCAGAAGCUGAAGAGCAACACCAUCACGAUGGAAUCUGCUUCAGCUGCCAGGGACGAGAUUGCCGCCAUCGCUGCUCUGGCCACGUCACUGCAGGCCCUCCUCUACAGCUCAGAGGCUCUAACAAGGCCCAUGACAGCACCACAGCUGUCCCGCUGUGAUCAGGGCCAUAAAGGAGGCACCACGGCGAACCAUGCCAUGUCCGGAGGGGUCAACACCAGGGACAACCUCCACCUUCUGGAGGAGGGCCAGGGGAUGCCGAGGGAGGAGCUGGAUGAGCGAAUCGCAAGGGAGGAGUUCCGCCGGCCGCGGGAGUCGCUCUUAAACAUCUGCACCGAGUUUUACAAACACUGCGGACCGCGACUCAAGAUCCUGCAGAAUGUGGCCGGAGAGCCUCGGGUCACGGCCCUGGAGCUGCUUGACAUCAAGUCCCACAUGAGGCUGGCAGAGAUAGCCCAUGCGCUGCUGAAGCUGGCGCCCUACGACACCCUGACCAUGGAGAGCCGCGGGCUGCGGCGCUACAUCAUGGAGAUGCUGCCCAUCACCGACUGGUCGUCAGAGGCCGUCCGCCCCGCCCUCAUCCUCAUCCUCAAGAGGCUGGACCGCAUGUUCAACAAGAUCCACAAGAUGCCAACGCUCAGGAGACAGGUGGAGUGGGAGGCGGCCAGCAGCCUGAUCGAGGGGAUCUGCCUCACGCUGCAGCGACAGCCUAUCAUCUCUUUUCUCCCGCACCUUCGCUCGCUGAUCAACGUCUGUGUAAACCUGGUGAUGGGUGUGGUCGGCCCCUCCAGUGUGGCGGACGGGCUGCCGCUGCUCCACCUCAGCCCCUACCUCUCCCCGCCACUUCCUUUCAGCACGGCGGUCGUCCGGCUGGUUGCCCUGCAGAUUCAGGCCUUGAAGGACGACUUCCCUCUCAGUCACGUGAUCUCACCGUUCACCAAUCAGGAGAGGAGGGAGGGGAUGCUGCUCAACCUGCUCAUUCCCUUUGUGCUGACCGUCGGUUCUGGGAGCAAAG